UGUGUAUUUUAGUGUAGCGUUAGGUAACAAACUUGUUGGGGUUCAGUGGUUCUUCUGGCACUAUGGCAUCGCCUGUCAUUUGCCCGCUACCACAGAGGUCGGUCAAUGGUGCAUUUAAUGAAGACGUGAAAAGGAACCACCUUACCUCAGUGACCUUUACUCACAUGCGACUGCCACAGUAGGUGCCAUUAAAGUUCAUGACGACGAGAUAAUUUAGUUCAAAAUUGCCACCACAGCAAAAUUAAGGUGUUCGACCUGUAAAUGUCACAAUGAGUUAUGGCCAUAAUCUUCUCAGUGUAAUUUAGUUUGUUUUCAUGCAAAGGUGAUAUUAGGGAGGUCUAAGUGCCGUGGUGGUUUUAAACUCAGCGAGAUGGUAAUGAGCCAGACAUGCACAACUUCAAGCCAUCUGCUGUUUUUGGGACUCUGUGGUGUUUCAAUGUUUAUAACCUUAGUGGUUCAGGACGAAUUGCAAUGAGUCACACAAAUGACCCCAAAAUUUGACCAUUUAGGUGUGCCAUUAAGCUUGCCUAGUGAGCCAGCAACCAGAAAUAUAAGAACCCUGUUGCAGGCACACCGUGAUGUAAUGCUUUCAUGAUGGUUACUUGUUACACCUGUGUUUGAUUAGUUGAAAUGCCCACCUGGGCAAUGUUCAUUACAUAUGCGCAGAUGCAUAGUUAGGAAUUACAAGUCCUAUACACAGAUACCACUGUUAUCCCCACCUACAAUUGUCACAGUUUGCUCCGUCUAUGGAAGAAAACUCUAAAUCUCAGAUGAUCAUAUAUGGUUUUCACAACAUAAGUUGAGUUUACGUGCUUUGGGAGUUAACACAGAUUUCACUAAUUGACCUUUCGUACUUGUCACCAUUUGUCCCAUAUUCAAAAUCUCUCCAAGGGGGACAAGUUUUUGUCUGCACGGGAAAUAUCCUUAACAAAUAUUAAUACUGUCUUCUAUAACCUAAAUAUGCUUCUAAAUGCUUUACACAUGACCUGGGUGCUGAAUGGCCUACACAAUUGACAAGGUUAAAAUGAAUUUCUUCUGCUGGGUGUGGUCAGAGCUGAAACAGGUUUGAAACUUUUAGCAAGAGAGGGUACCAAGACACUGUAUAGUGUACUCUAUAAAUUCUACAGAAUGGCUGUUUGUUACCAUGUGUGUUGUCGUCUCCCAGUGGUAGCUGUUUUCACUGUGACUGAUCCUCCUCUCAUAAUCCUUGUCAGCAAUUGAUGUAAGGAAACGCUUUCACAGUGGAUGUUUGAUGUAUGUGUAAUAUUGGGUCUCAAAUGGCAAAGUAAAACAUCUCAUGAACUUAGGAGCCUUCUAAGUGUAGGGGCAUAAAGUCACGGUGAGAUGAGGCACGUGCAUGCAGACAGACUUGGUAUGCAAGUGAGCGUCCCUGCCCUACAAUUGAUGAUCUGUUGUAUGAUGAGUAUGAAGAACAGUGUCAUCUUACACUAUGCAAAAGUGUCACAGAACAAGCAAUAGCUGAGGAAGAACUGGUCCUGUCAGUGUGUCAGAUACAGGUGUGUGUGUGUGUCUGUUUGUGCGAACAGAACACAGGCCAAUGGAGGAGGUAAUCGUAGACAUUUUUCUCUUUUUUCAACCACCAGGAUUCACUCCUUUCUUCUGACAAGAUUGAGAGAGAAAGAUCACUGUGUGUGUGCCAAGCUUCUGUAUUUAUCACAGUGAUAUUUUUAUUGCAGCAAUAAUACUGGAGAGGGUGGCCCUUAUUCAGGUCCUUGUCUGCCCUCUUUCUGUCAGUCUUCCUGAGUGAUUGAAUGUGGUGGACCUGGCAUCCGUGGACAGGCACACACACAAAGGGCCAUUGACUGGUGAAAGAUGACCAUGGAAGACGUGAAGAAUGAAGCUGACGCUGCCUCCACAGUUUCUAUGGCUCUCUACAGUGUGAUGUAUCCCGUCUUCAACGAGUUGGAGAAAGUCAACUUAUCAGCUGCACAGACCUUGAGAGCAGCUUUCAUAAAGGCAGAGAAGGAGAACCCUGGUCUGACACAGGACAUUGUUAUGAAAAUACUGGAGAAGAAGAGCUUAAAAGUCAACUAUAAUGAGUCUCUACUUCGCAUGGCUUCAGACGAUGUAGAAGAGUUCUUGAUUGACAGGCGAGAGCCAGAGUUCCAGGAGCUGAAUGAGAGGGCCCGAGCUCUGAAACACAUCCUCAGCACCAUACCAGAUGAGAUCAAUGACAGAGUAGGCUUCCUACAGACCAUCAAAGACAUCGCCAGUGCCAUCAAGGAGCUGUUAGAUACAGUUAAUACUGUCUUCAGGAAAUACCAGCAUCAGAAUAGACGGGUACUGGAGAAGCAGAAGAAAGAGUUUGUGAAAUACUCCAAGAGCUUCAGUGACACUCUCAAAACCUACUUCAAAGAUGGAAAAGUGAUAAACGUGUUUGUCAGCGCCAAUCGGCUCACCCACCAAACCAACAUGAUCCUGCAGGCCUUCAAGACAGUGGAGUAGCAGCCGGAGAAGACACACACACAGACAUUUUUAUUAGAGAGUAGGUGAUAUGAGGCUUUGUAAUUUGUAAUUUUAUUAUUUUUGGCUGUAUAAUUUAUAAUUCUGUGGCUUUGAGGGGAGAUCAGGUAGUUUGAGGUUCAAAGCAAAUCAGGUUGACAGUAAUUGCCAGGGAUUUUUAACUCUCUUUUAUGUUGUUCUUUUAUCUGAUUCUUAAGUCGAUAUUUCUUCAUUCUUUUAUAUAUUUCCCUCUCUGUUCAGGACUGUGUAGUUCUGAAAAAGUUUAGGAAAAAUGUGAUUAUUUCCCAUGUCCUCAAAAGUUUUUAGAUUGCACAAGUCAUAAAAAGUACAAAGAAGUGGUGUUCAGUUUUCACAUACGUUCCCACAUUUUGGACUUUCAUUUUAUUGUCAUUUUUCUAUGACGAAACAUUAUCUUCAUCUAUAUGAUGGUAUCACAUAUUUGGCACUAAUAUCCCACCACUGCAUGCAUUAUAUUCAACUUGCAUCAUUAAGGUUCAAAUCAUAAAGGGUCAAAUCCUGUAAAGAUAUCAAGGACUGUUCACUGUCAGAUUUCUUUGUCCUGUACUGUUGUAGCAUGUACUGCUUCUCCCAGUGCAUCAUAAACCAUCACCAUCCAGGUGAACAGCAACUCACCAGCUCUGCUGUCUUUAUUUUUACUUCAGCUACAGAAAUCUAUGUGAGGUCUUCACAUCUACUGUCUUUUUAAACCGUAGGUGAUCAGUGACGUAAAAUCUUAAGCCAAUGAUCUGAUCUGAAAGAAUGAGGAUAUGCAUUGGCAACGUGUAGUGAACCCUGCCAGGUUUUAGGUUUUUGUUUUUUUGCAGUAUGUCAGUGAUUUCUUACCUUUUUUUGUGACCCCUUAAAAUAUCAUCUACUUGUGAUUCCUGAUCACAGGUUUGGUUCUUAGAGUGGACUCAAGGUGUGAUUGAUCUAGAAGGUUUUUACAGACCUGAUGAGCUAAAAGUUUUGAGUAUUUCAAAAGACAUUGUUUUGCACAAAUGUGUUGGGUUGGGAGCAGCAAAGGGAAAAUCUGCUGUGAAACACUUUCAACCUUAUUUAAUUUGGUUUUGCUGGUGAAAAUGUUCUUUCUUUCCCCCGCUGAAUUUGAAUG